UGCGUGAGGAUUCUGUUUCCCGGGAAAGCCAGUCUCGGGCUCCGGGCUCCGGCUGGCGGAAGUGACGGGUGGAUUUGUUGACAGCGGAGCCUGUUGGGGAGCGGGGCGGGAGCGGACCCUCAGGAGGACACACAGACCCCCGCCCCCGGGGACCGGAACCGGAACGAACCUGGAUCCCCUCUACCCAGGGAGCCGGGCAGGGGCCUCGGGCCAGAUGUCCUAAUGUCCCUGUAAAUCCAGCUGGGAAUCUCCUGAGGUUGGGGGGCAGGGAUCCCUUGAAUUGAAAAACUUCCUUCUGCCACAGUUCCCUGCUCCCCCUGCCUUCCACCUCUGUUCCCUGAAGAUGGCAUCUGACAGCCCAGAGUCGUUGAUGACAUUAUGCACAGGCUACUGCCUCCGCAACCUGGAGGGGACCCUCUGCUACCUACUGGACAACGAGACUCUCCGGCUUCACCCCGAUGUCUUCCUGCCGAGUGAGAUCUGUGACAAGCUCGUCAAUGAGUAUGUGGAGCUGGUGAAUGCAGACAGCAUCUUUGAACCCCAUGAGAGCUUCUUCACCCUGUUCUCAGAUCCUCGGAGCACCAGGCUAGCCCGAAUCCAUUUGCGGGAGGACGUAGUGCAGGACCAGGACCUGGAAGCCAUCAGAAAGCAGGACCUUGUUGAGCUGUCCCUGAUUAACUGUGAGAAGCUGACAGCCAAGAGCCUGCAGACCCUGCUGAGCUUCAGCCACACUCUAGUUUCUCUUAGCCUCUUCGGCUGCAGUAAUCUCUUCUACGAGGAAGAGAACCCAGGAGGCUGUGAAGACGACUGCCUGGUGAACCCCACUCGCCAGGUCUUGGUCAAGGACUUUACCUUCGAGGGGUUCAGACGCCUGCGCUUCCUGAACCUGGGCCGUAUGACUGAGGGGGUGAACGUGGAGACAUUGCUUCGACCUUUGGCCUCCCUCACUGCCCUGGAUCUCUCUGGGAUCCAGCUCAAUGAUGUGGCAUUUCUGACCCAGUGGAAGGACAGUCUGGUUUCCUUAGUGCUUUACAACAUGGACCUUUCAGAGGAGCACAUCCAAGUGAUCUCACAGCUCCGCAAGCUCAGGCACUUGGAUAUUUCCCGAGACCGGCUGUCCAGUUAUUACAAAUUCAAGCUGACCCGGCGGGUGCUGAGCCUGUUUGUGGAUAACCUGGUAAACCUCUCCUCACUAGAUAUCUCAGGGCACACCAUGCUGGAGAACUGCACCAUCUCAAACAUUGAGGAGAAAGUGGGUCAGACAAGCAUUGAGCCAUCAAAGAGCAGCAUUGCCCCCUUCAGGGAUCUGAAACGACCGCUUCAGUUCCUGGGCCUCUUUGAGACCUCUCUUUGCCGUCUGACGCAUAUCCCAGCCUACAAGGUGAGUGGGGACAAGAAUGAAGAGCAGGUGCUGAACGCUAUCGAGGCAUACACUGAACACCGGCCCGAAAUCACGUCCCGGGCCAUCAAUCUCCUUUUUGAUAUCGCCCGCAUCGAGCGCUGCAGCCAGCUGCUGAGAGCACUGCAGCUGGUGAUCACAGCUCUCAAGUGUCACAAGUACGAUAAGAACAUCCAGGUGACUGGGAGCGCAGCCCUUUUCUACCUAACAAAUUCAGAGUAUCGGAUGGAGCAGAGCGUGAAGCUGCGGCGUCAGGUGAUCCAGGUGGUGCUGAAUGGGAUGGAGUCUUACCAGGAAGUGACAGUGCAGCGGAACUGCUGCCUGACACUGUGUAACUUCAGCAUCCCAGAAGAACUGGAAUUCCAGUACCGUCGUGUCAACGAGCUGCUGCUGAACAUCCUUAACCCUACUCGGCAGGAUGAGUCCAUCCAGCGCAUCGCUGUACACCUCUGCAAUGCCUUGGUCUGCCAAGUGGACAACGACCAUAAGGAGGCUGUGGGCAAGAUGGGGUUUGUCAUGACCAUGCUAAAGCUGAUUCAGAAGAAGCUGGUGGAUAAAACAUGUGAUCAGGUGAUGGAGUUCUCCUGGAGCGCCCUGUGGAAUAUCACAGACGAAACCCCCGAUAACUGUGAGAUGUUUCUCAACUACAGUGGCAUGAAGCUCUUCCUGGAGUGCCUGAAAGAGUUCCCAGAGAAGCAGGAGCUGCACCGUAACAUGUUGGGGCUUCUGGGAAAUGUGGCGGAGGUAAAAGAGCUCCGCCCACAGCUCAUGACCUCCCAGUUCAUCAGUGUGUUCAGCAACCUGUUGGAGAGCAAAGCAGAUGGGAUUGAGGUAUCUUACAAUGCAUGUGGAGUUCUCUCCCACAUCAUGUUUGAUGGCCCAGAGGCUUGGGGUAUCUGUGAGCCACGCCGAGAGGAAGUAGUAGACAGGAUGUGGGCAGCCAUCCAGAGCUGGGACAUUAACUCCAGAAGAAAUAUCAAUUACAGGUCAUUUGAACCAAUCCUUCGACUCCUUCCGCAAGGGAUCUCUCCUGUCAGCCAGCACUGGGCUACUUGGGCUCUCUAUAACCUCGUCUCUGUUUACCCUGACAAGUACUGCCCGCUGCUGAUCAAAGAAGGUGGAAUGCCCCUUCUGAAGGAGGUGAUUAAGAUGGCUUCAGCACGCCAGGAGACCAAGGAAAUGGCCCGGAAAGUUAUAGAGCACUGCAGUAACUUUAAAGAGGAGAACAUGGACACUUCCAGAUAGAGGCAAUGAUCUAACAACGCCUCUUGCCAGCACUGUAUCCAGCUUCUCUCUAAUUCACUGUAUAUAGAGAGGUCUCUUUCUCACCAGCUUGGCUGUUGGAAGGAACCUGUGUGUGUGUGUGUGUAUGGGUGGGGGUGUGUGAGAGAGAGAGAGACCCUCAGUAGAUGAAGGUGCAC